ACCUGAAAUCUGAAAAUGGGGAGCCAUCCAGAACACGUGGAAUCUUCAAUAAAAUCCAAAUUUACAGCACUAUUUGAGAAAAUAAAUGAACCGAACUAUGUUAUGGAUAACUACUACUCUGAUAACUUGAUUAAUAAGUUAAUUGAAACCAGAAACGAUAACAACUACAUUUGUGUACUUUCACUUCUACUGGGUGAACCAAUACAGAAUUUAGAAAGAUAUCACAUCUCGGUGCAAGUAUUCCUCAUCAGAUUGCUGGCCUUUGUAUGUAGCAAAGAGCUGUUCUUUGCCAAAUUAAUACAUCACAUCAAUGACACGCUAAGGAAAGGAUACAAUAAUCUUGGGUCCCCUACAGUGAACCCGAGCCUCAGUGUUGCAUACCUAGAAGUGGCCCUGGCCCUCGUAGAGCAUUGCACCAGUCUCGACUGGCUGCUGGACAGUGGCAUGUGGAAAGAAAUCCUUCAUGCCAACGAGUCUAAAACAGUAUUUGUAACGAGGCAGAAAUAUAAGUUUGUAUCUAGACUCGUAUGGAGAUUAAACGGUUUGGAAGAUGAAGCAAAUUUAAAACAAGUGCUGUCUUUUAUACUGAAGCCUCUGAUUGAGACGGAAAUUGUGGUAACAGAGUCUAUAACGACUGACGAGGAGGAGUUAUCCGCCAAGCAGUUUGAACCCAUGCUUCACAUGCUCAAUUCUAUCAUGAAUGAUUACAAGGAGCUGUCCAGAUCAUCUCUUGUUAUUAACAUGCUCCUGACACACUUCAAAGUGGUCAAUCAAAUGUAUGUAUUGCUGGAUAGAUAUAGAAAGGAUAGCUUAACUUCACAGACUGCUAAACUAGUCUUUCGUUUGAUCCUGGCUAAAAUUUUUCACACCAAACCAAUGACCGACAGCUCUAUACACACUGCUGAAGAUUUUAUCGAAACUAGUGCAGCCUAUUUCAAUACUGUAAAUUUGUUCCUACAAAGGCGGAAUGCUAUGGCAGUUUUAGACUACUGCUAUUCGUGCAAUGAAAUUUGGAAUGCAACAUGGGACAAGAAAGUACCAAGAAUAAGCACAUUAAAUGGCAAAAAAGUGGAUCUGCAGCACAAAAUGUUGUUCUUAUGCCUCGUACCUGCUAUUUCAUAUAUUACAAGACAUGCGGAAAAAAAAUGUCAGAUGGCGGGGAAACUUCAGGACUAUAUGAUGAAGCUUAUUAAUGCAAGUUGUGAGCACACCGCCAAGACUGCUUGGGCUCUGUCUAAUCUCGUCUUGGAGCUGGACACAGAAACCAUUGUCCUGCAGAGUGUGAAAAGGCUGGCCAGUUUGAACAACGCUAUGAACAACGAACAAGCUAACUUAAUGUUCCAAGGUCUAUUCUAUGUACUCAAGCAGUUCGACCCCGUGUCGGAAGACCAUGAGAAGAAGUGUCCGGAGGCGGCGUUUCAGGAAGACCAGGAAAACCUGUUCCUCUACACAUAUGCUCUAGAAGCUGUGUUGCUUCUGGUGAAGAACUAUGAUAUAAAUUGGCAGGAGAGCUUGGAAAUUAUUUGUUUGUACAAUGUGGUGUUCAAUAUACUGCAGAAAACAAAUUUAUCGAGUAAGUUCAUAGUAACGGCCCUAAACGUAAUAACGGUGACAGUGUGCAAGUUCCUGCCCCCCAACCUGUCACUACUUAUGGAGUCGAAGCCCGGCUCGGCCAUGCACGACCUCGGCCGUCUCAUCUACAUGAAGAUGCACGACUUGCACUGGGAGGUGCGAGACUCAGCGCUCGAGCUCCUACUCGUGGUCACCGAGAUCUCUUACGUCAAAUUCCCGCCAUUCCAAAAGCAGAUAAUCGAGAACGAACUAAUCGUAGUGGCUACAGCAGUAGCGCUCAACGACCACGAGUUCUACGUGCGCGCGUCCGCGCUGCGCUGCCUCGGCGCCGCCUGCAAGGUGUCCGCCGUGUGGGAGCAGCUCAAGAACAAACACCCAGACAUACAGGAUUCCCUGCUGAACAUUCUCCGCAACAACCAAGAAGGCAUAGUACGCAAGGAAGCAUGCAACGUCCUCUGCGAGAUGUACAUCAACCUGAAGCUGUGCCCCGACUUCAAGCAGGCCCUGUACGAGCAGAUGGUCUCUUCCGCCGUCAGCGAUUUCCACUGGGAGGUGCAGCUCACCGCCCUCAAGUUCUGGAGGAUCGUCAUCCACAACAACCUCUGCGAGCAAGGCAUGCUCGACGGCACCUUUCCACCGGUCACCUUCUCCAAAGAAUCCAGAAAAAUCGUCACCCUCAACAAGGCAGAAAUACAGAAGAGACUCUUAAAAAUCCUAGAUGAACUCGCCGCAAAAGGAUGUCUAACUGUCUUAUCCAAACUUUUACAUGAGGACACCGAAGUCGAAAUAAUGGACGCCAAUUUAGCGAUCGCUCUGAACCUUCUGGAUAUCCUAAAGCGGUACGACGUACCCGAAUGUGUGAAGCGCGUCGAAGGCGACCCGCGGACCAUGCAGGAGUACUACGCCGAGACCAAAGAAGAUGCAAUGGACCAGGAAGACGUUGUCAUCAAAACGGAAGAGGCUCAGUCGGAUAACGUUAUAGAGGGCAUUAUAAACGCUGAUGACAUGAACCUGCUCGCGCACAUAUAUGAACGGCAUAUGAAGUUACAGAAUGACAAACCCGAACUGCAGCCCAAACCGAUGAUCAAGUUAUUACGGUAUGUGAAACCUUAUUUGUUUGUGAAUCAAUUGAUGAGCAAAGAUUUCAAGGCGGUUAUAGAGUACAAGAAACAGUGGAGAAAUGGGAUACACAGCGUGGAGUCGCUGUUAGACGACGUGUUAGGCAUUUACGAGGUUGGCAACGAUGUCAACGAUUUGGAUUGCUAUUGAGAUUAUGUUUUGUUAUCUAAGUAUACUUUUAGUGUAAGUUUACAUUCCGUAAGGAGUGUUGGUUAUAAA